AAGCAUCAAUUCCCUAAUAUAAAGGCAACCCGGUGUGCUCGGAGAGUAAGUACUAACUUCUGCAAUGACAUGCAACGCCGAUUUCCUCCCUCGACGUCUCGUCCCUCGUUCAUCGAGGCCCGCUUCGCCUACCAUCGGCCCUCGAAACAUCUCAACGUGGUCCUCCUCAGACCGGAACGGCAUCGUACUCCUUCGGGAGGUCACCGAGCCUGCACGUGACGUGGGGCGAACCUCUUCCCCCGACUCUCCUCCCUCCGAUCCCGAUCCAACAUCAUCUCAGCAACGCUCCCAAUAGAAAGGAGUGCUGAAUUGACAGGAUUCUGCCUCGUUCGCCGAGGCCCGUUUGGGCAGCACGCACAUCAAUACAACAUGAUAAUCGCUGGCCGCGUCCGCACUCUAAAUCCACGAUGUUCCUACCGACUCGAUCAUAAAUGCAUCCAUCAAGUCUAUCCGACCGACGUCGAGCCUGGCCUGAUCUGUCGCACGGACCAUCUUCACGUCAUUGCGACGUCAGAAUCAGCUGCGUAAUCUCCGAGAACCAAAUUAUUUGCUGACGAGAUCUGUAGACCUCUUCCAACUGGGACGCAAGUCAUUGAGAAGACCACAUGAGCGGGAUCCAACAUGAAGGGCGCGACUCUUGUACUCUAACAGGACGUUUCGCCGGAUUCAUGUUGUACAACACGAGACGUCUCGUGUACCUAUUGUAGGUUUCCUUGUGUGUUGUACGGGUAUUUAGACAAGAUGUUUCCCCGGAAUCAUGUUUUCUUUUGUUUUUGGCCGGAUUCAUGUUUCUCGUGACCUACAUUCCAGCACCUUCCUUACGCACCAA